AUGCCAUCGCCAACUAAAGUAUCCAAAACUCGACCAAUCCCCACCCAUCCGGGAUUUAAAGAAAUGAUCGUAUCUGCUAUCAAAUCACAGGACGAAAAGAAAGGAUCCUCUCGACAUUCCAUUCGCAAAUACAUUGAAGCAAAUUAUGAAGUUAAGCAAAAUGUAUUCACCAGUAACUUGAAUCGACAACUGAAGAAGCUCCUUGACUCAAACUUCUUAAUUCAUCCAAAAACUGCACCUGGAAGUUAUAAAAUCAACAAAAUUGAAUUGGCCAAGGUAGAGAAGUAUGCGAAAGCAAAGGCAAGAACCGCUCUACAAAAAGAAAAUGCAAAGAAGAAGCUAGCAGAAAAGAAAGAAAAAGAACUCGCAAAGAAGAAAAAUGCUAAGCAAAAUAAAAAGAAAGAGGCGAUUGCGACUAAAGCUACUACCAAGAAGAAAUCAACGACGAAAUCUGCCACCAAAAAGGUUGCAAAAGCGACCAAAUCCAAGGCGACAACUAAGACCAGCACAAAGAAAACAGCAAGCGGAAAAACGACGCAGAAAAAGGCAACCACCAAAAAGACUGCAGAGAAAAAAAAGUUGCCAAAAAAGGCAACAAAGAAGGACUCAAAGAAAACAAUCAAAACACCAAAGAAAACUGCAGCCAAAAAGAAGACUGUCAAACAAUAA